UCGCUGCUCUGUCGCGUUCAGAUAAGGAAACCAUGUCGUACGCGAGGUUUGCGGGGACUCUCCUGCGGGCAAACCCGGGCAACGUCGGGAAGAUACGCGUCUCACCGGGGAGAUGUCGGUCCACGGCGGCGUCCACCAAGAGCCAGGAGGAGAAGGGUCCGCGGAUAGAUGGGUGCACCGUGGUGGAGGCUGUGCCGGUCGAGCUCAUCAGCCACAGCAAACAUGUCGGAAAAACGAGGUUGGAGAAAAUCCACAUUGACUUCGACAACACCGAGGAAGCCUACAAGAGCAAGGACAACAUUGAGCUGCUGAGAAGUCUGCUGGUCUUCAAGCUCUGCACAAUUGAUUUCCUCGUUGAUAAGAACAAAGAGUUGAUGAAUCUGACCAAGAAGGUGCUUGGUCAGUGGAUGUUUGAGAAGCUGAUGAAAAUGACCUUCUACGGGCAGUUUGUGGCAGGGGAAGAUCACAACUCCAUCAAGCCUUUGAUUCAGAAGAAUCAGGCCUUUGGUGUGGGGGCAGUUUUGGACUAUAGUGUCGAAGAGGACUUGACACAAGAAGAGGCAGAGAAGAAGGAAAUGGAUUCAUGUGUUUCUGAAGCAGAGAAAGGAAGUCCAGAUGCUGAUCAUCGUGAGAAGAAGUACAAGGCCCAUCGUCAUUUCGGGGACAGGCGUGGAGGGGUUAUUAGUGCUCGAACCUACUUCUAUGCAGAUGAGUCCAAAUGUGACCACCAAAUGGAGACAUUCAUAAACUGCAUUCGAGCCUCUGGGGGAGCCUCAGCAGAUGGAUUUUCUGCUAUCAAAAUGACUGCCCUCGGACGCCCACAGUUCCUUCUCCAGUUUUCAGAAGUCCUGGUAAAAUGGAGACAGUUUUUCAACUUCCUUGCAGCACAGCAGGGAAAAUCUGACAUGAUGGUUUUGGAACAAAAGCUGGAGCUGGAACAACUCAAGGAUAGUUUGUCUAAGAUGGAUAUUGGAGCCAUGGAUGACAUAGAGAGUUGGAUCACUGGAGAGAAGCUGGGUUUGUCAGGAACGAUCGAUCUGUUGGACUGGAACAGUUUAAUAAACGAUACGACGAAAAUCUCCAAUCUGCUCAUGGUGCCAAACCUUCAGACAGGCCACCUGGAGCCUUUGUUGGACAUGUUUACUGCCGAGGAGGAGAGCCAGAUGAAGAGAAUGCUACAAAGAAUGGACGUUCUGGCCAAGCAUGCCAUGGAGAAUGGAGUUAGGCUCAUGGUGGACGCCGAGCAGACGUACUUUCAACCAGCUAUUAGUCGACUGACCCUGGAAAUGCAGAGGAAAUUCAACAGAGAAAAGCCAAUUAUUUUCAACACUUACCAGUGUUACCUCAAGGAAGCCUAUGAGAAUGUGACUAUGGAUGUUGAGCUGUCACGACGGGAGGGCUGGUACUUUGGUGCCAAACUGGUUCGUGGAGCCUACAUGUACCAAGAGAGGGACAGGGCCAAAGAGAUCGGCUACGAGGACCCAAUAAACCCCGACUAUGAGGCAACAAACAGGAUGUAUCACAGGUGUUUGGAGUACAUCCUGGAGGAAGUUGAUCACAGCAGGAAAGCAAAUAUCAUGGUUGCAACUCAUAACGAGGACACAGUGAAAUUCACGCUGGAAAAGAUGAAUGAGAUGGGCCUCUCACCCUCUGAGAAUAAAGUUUACUUUGGACAGCUGCUGGGCAUGUGUGACCAGAUCAGCUUCCCGCUAGGUCAAGCGGGUUUCCCGGUCUACAAAUACGUUCCAUACGGCCCAGUCAACGAGGUCAUCCCUUAUCUGUCUCGCCGUGCUCAAGAGAACCGUGGCUUCAUGAAGGGAUCCCAGAGAGAGCGCAGCCUGCUGUGGACGGAGCUGAAGCGCAGAGUGCUGGGUGGACAGGUUUUCUACAAGCCCGUCUACUGAGUCGCAGGACAACAACAUACUAACAUGUGUGUCUGUAAGCAUUCCACCGGCUUUACCUCCUAACUGUAGGAAGAUCAAUGUCUCUCCUCGGCUUGUUAGGCUGCACAGUAGGGAGGAAAGUUUUGCAGUUUUAGCGACAAAUAUUUAAUGUCAUGAUUUGCGAGAGAGAUUAAUUUUGAUUUUACCAAUGUAUUUAACACAGAAACAUUCUGUACUUUGUGGAGGACAUGUGCUGCUCCGUUGAGAAUUGAUGAUUUAUGUUUGCCUCAAAAUCCGAUUUAGUUUAUUUAACUAAAGUAAUGGGAUUGUCAUCCUCAGAAUCAACUAAACAAACUUUUUCAAAGAACUUUUGCAAAUGUUUAUGCCUUAGAUAUACAGCGGGGAAACUGUUCUGUAGAGGCUAAGAAAAGUGUACUGUGAAUGUAUGGUUACCAAAGGUAUAUAAAAUAUACUUGCUUGUAUAUAAAUAAUAUGUCCUUUGUUUUUAAUGAUAAAGGACACUCUUUGUGUGUUUUGUUUAGUGUUUAUAUCACAUGUAGCUGUCACUCAAAAGUGCCUUAUGAUUGUUUUCAUAAGAUAAACUGGAAGCAAUCAGCGACUGUACAGUUUAGUUUUUGGAAUUGUUCACUCCUGCGAGGGGAUUUUACCCUAUUUUAGCCUAUUUAUUUCAGAUGCUAUGUGUUAAAUAAUAAUUAAUUAAUUUUGCUUAUUAUGUUUCAGCAUAGUGAUUUUGAUAAACGGCAGUAAAAGUAGCAUCGCAUACAAGGUGAUCCCCAUGACGCACUCAUAUCGAUGUUCUUGGGACAAAGAACAGAUCAAAUCAAACACGGUUUCGGUUUCUAAAAGUAAACUGUUCUGUUUUUUUAGCUGUGGACAUGUGGAAACUAGCCAACUACCUGUAACGUAGAAGUGACUGUUCAACUUGUCUCUGUCACAACAAACUCCAUUCACAGCGUAUUGAGUACGAGGCUGAAGUGUGACUCAAUGUGAUCCACUUCACGGGAUCAUUCACGUCUGGUGAGCUUCAAUACUUGACAUGUGACAGAUGGUCCUGACUACAUAUUUGUCUGACGUAAAGAUCACCUGCUGUUGAUCAAACAAUAACAGCAACAGAUGUUCAAAGCAUAAAAGCAGGAACUGUCGGUCUCUGUGUGAUAAAUGUUCCCAAAACAUACCACGGUUACUGCUGUGAUUUUCAAAGAAAGCUGCUCUAGGAAUACAUGCACUGUUGCAUAAACUGUGUUGGAGGACAAACGGCCUGUGAGAUUAAUGAAAGUCAUGGAAAAUGUAUUUUAUUUUGAAAUUAUUUUUGGUACUGGAAAUGAAUAAUGUAAAAUGUUCUUAUACCUCUUAUAUUCCUAAAAUAAAAUACUUUUAACAGUGU